AUGGCUGCCGGGAGCCCAGUGAAAGAGCUAUGUGAGGAAGCCACUUGCUCCAUCUGCCUGGACUAUUUCAGGGAUCCAGUGAUCCUCACAGAGUGUGGCCACAAUUUCUGCCGAGCCUGUUUGGCCCAGAGCUGGGGGGAGUCAGGGGCAGAGGCUUCCUGCCCUCAAUGCAGAGGAAGAGCUCAGGAAGGGAACCUCCGGCCGAACCAGCAGCUGGCCAACUUUGUGGAAAUAAUCCAGAAACUCAGUCCUUUGGAAUGGAAGGGGGCAGAAGUGAAGGGAGGAGAAGGAAAAGAAGGAAUCUGCGAGAAGCACCAGGAGCCCCUGAAGUUUUUCUGCAAGGACGAGGAAGCCCCCCUCUGCGUGGUCUGCGGCAGAUCCAAGGAGCACAAAGAUCACGAGGUGAUUCCUCUGGAGGAGGCUUCCCAGGAAAAUAAGAUAAUUGCAGCAACUAGAAAGGAGAGAGUUUGCAAGAAGCACCAGAAGCCGCUGAAGCUCUUCUGCAAGGACGAUGAAGACCCCAUCUGUGUGGUCUGUGACGGAUCCAAGGAGCACAAACAUCAUGAAAUACUUCCUCUUGAGGAGGCUUCCCAAGAGUACAAGGAUCAGUUCCAUAGCUGUUUGGAGAGUCUGAGGAAGGAGAGAGAAAAUUUUUUGGCAUAUAAAGCAGACGCAGUGAAGAAAAGCCAAGACCUGCUUAAGCAAACCAAAGGAGAGCGGCAGAAGACAGUGACUAAGUUCAGGCAACUGCACACGUUUUUGGAGGAACAAGAGAAACUUCUGCUGGCCCAGAUGGAAGAGGUGGAGAAGGAGGUAGUGCGAAAAAGGGACCAGCACUUGGCCGAACUCUCUGAGGUGCUCUCCUCUCUGGAAAACCUCAUCUGGGAGAUGGAGGAGAAGUGUCAGCAGCCAGCCAGUGAGCUCCUGCAGGAUGUCAGAAGCACCUUGCAGAGGUAUGAAGAAAAGGAGACGUUUGAGAAUCCACUGACAUUUCCUCGUGCGCUUAAAUGGAGGAUAUGGGACUUUGGUGAUUUAAAUCUACUUUUAGAGGUUGUCAUGAAGCAAUUCAAAGACACACUGGAAUCUGGAGUUCAUCUGCAGAAAGCCAAAAACGUGACUCUGGAUUUGGGCACAGCCAAUCGCAAAAUCGUCCUGUCCCAGGAUUGGAAAAGCAUCAGAUGGGAAGACAAAGUUCAAGACCUUCCUGACAGUCCUGAACGAUUUGACAAAUACGGCGCCGUGCUGGGCCGCGAGGGAUUCACAGCAGGCCGCCAUUUCUGGGAAGUCCUUGUGGGGAGCGAGGAAGAAUGGGCUGUGGGGGUGGCCAGAAAGUCUGUGAGGAGGAAGGGAGAGGUCAUCUUCAGCCCCGAGGAAGGGAUCUGGGCUGUGGGGAAGUGGGGGGGCUACUACAGGAUAGCCCGCAAGCCCAAUUAUUGUCCACUCUCCCUGAUUGGGGAACUCCAGAGGAUCCGAGUGUGUCUGAACUGUGAGGGGGGGCAGGUGGCCUUUCUUGAUGCCGACACAGCAACCCCUCUCUGCACUUUCUCGGAAACUUCCUUCUCCGAAGAGGCCCUCCUUCCCUUAUUUUGGGUGCGCCUCAAAGGCCGCCUCGAACUCUCUUCUUGA